AUGCAACAAUAUGAUGACUCGGAGGAGGAAAUUAUUCAAUCAACACAUCAUCACAAUGAUGAUUCGGAUGAUUAUAUGAAUAAUGAACAUGAUGAUGAUGAUGAUUAUGAACAACAACAACAACAAUAUGAACAUGAUAAUAAUAACAAUAAUAAUAAUAAUAAUAAUAAUAAUGAAAUAAUAAAUCCAUCAAUAGAUAGAUAUCCCUAUUGUAUUGUAUGGACACCAAUACCAUUAAUAACAUGGAUAUUACCAUUUAUUGGACAUAUGGGUAUUGCUAAUUCAAAAGGUAUAAUUCAUGAUUUUGCAGGACCCUAUUAUAUUAGUAUUGAUGAUUUUGCAUUUGGAAAACCAACUCGAUAUUUAAAUAUUAAAAAUCAAUUAAAUCAAGAACAAUUAAAAAACUAUGAUCAAACUAUUAAGAGUAGUGCUAAAUGUUUUAGAUCUAAAAUGUAUAAUUUCUUUUGUCAGAAUUGUCAUCAUUAUACUAUACAUUGUUUAAAUCAAUUGAAAUUUAAAAAUGGAAAUAUUUCUAUAUUUGAAAUUGGAUUUUUAAUGUUUUUUUAUGGUAAAUAUGUUAAUGGUAUGAGUGGUCUAUUGAAAACUUGGUUACCUUUUAUUAUUUUAUUUGGAAUGGUAUGUUUUUAA